AUGACUUGCCAUGCUGACGGUUAUCCUUCGCCAUACAUUAAAUUCCAGCUUACCUCAGCUCUCUUGCCGCUUGGUCCUAUGAGAGAUGAAGAGAGGGAAGUUCUUUCUCGUCAAAGGAGCUCAAGCUCAGACAUUUAUGGCAGAAAUCCCGGCUACCAAGUUGACGUCGAACCCACGGGCUUAUUUCCUAAGCAUCUUUCAAAUCUGGAUAUGAGCAAGUUUGAUCAGGAAGCAGGCGGCUUAGAUCCUGAUAUGGGCGCUCGUAUGUUCGCAACCGAUCCCUCGGCUAACUAUGGCCAUCGAAGUAAAGUAGAUGUCGCUUCAUCAAUUUCGGCCAAUGAUCGUACAUAUCGUCAACCAGACGACUCAGACCGCCGGAUGGACGAAGACCAACGUAAUCGGCUUAAGCGUUUGCGCACUAACCCAGAUGAUAUCGCAGCCCUUGUUGCCUUGGGUACUAGUGCAAAACACUUUAAUUUGCUCAAAGAUAAGUAUGUAUUAAGUGGCGCCAAGUUUCAUUUGUUGCCUAAUGCUACACCCGGAGUCGAACUCCUUCUCACCUGCUCUGCUUGGAAUAGGCUGCCUACCUCGGACUCUUUCCUUGGCAUGAAUCACACAAAGUCGGAAGCACGAUUCAUUAUAGCUGGUGAGUUAGUAUGCAUACUAUUGGAUAUCCCUCAUCAUCUGUUUGUUCCAUCUAAAUAG